CCGCUUUUUAUGCGCAAAUCGUGCAAAUGUCCAUGUUGAACUAACGCCGUUGUGCUUGUGUGGUGUUAAAUGUGGAUCUUCUUGCAAAAAUAACCGAAAAUGGCGAAUAUAAAUUUGGAUAAAGAGACUUUUCACCGGCGUUUGAAGAAAUUAUACACUGCUUGGCAGAAAUCUGAAGGUGAAAAUGGCUUUUCUAAGAUGGAUGCUUUGGUUACGGCCGUCGGUGUGGAUGAAGAAGUAGUUUACAGCAAAUCUGGAGCCCUACAAACAUGGCUCUUGGGCUACGAACUCACAGACACCAUAAUGGUAUUAACGGAGAAGAAAGCCUUUUUCCUGGCCAGUAAAAAAAAGAUAGACUUUCUGAGACAAGCAGAGAGCAAAGAUGAGAGUGCUGUACAAUUAUCUUUGCAUGUACGAGAUCGCACAAGCGAUGAGGCCAAUUUUAAAGUUCUUAUUGAUGCUAUCAAGGAGAGCAAAAGUGGUAAAACAAUUGGUGUGUUCUCAAAAGAUAAUUAUCCAGGUGCUUUUAUGGAUGCCUGGAGAGCAGCCCUAGCAAGUGUCAAUUUCCAGACAGUAGAUGUAAGUGCUGCUGUUGCUUAUUUAAUGUCACCAAAAGAGGACUCAGAAAUUGUAACAAUUAAAAAAGCAUGCAUGGUGAGUGUCGAUGUUUUUGUUAAAUACCUGCAAGAACAGAUAAUGGAGAUUAUUGACUCUGACCGAAAAGUUAAGCAUAUCAAGUUAGCUGAAGGUGUAGAGUUGGCCAUUACUGAUAAGAAAUAUGUGUCUGGUGUAGACGUUUCUCAGGUUGAUCUCUGUUAUCCUGCCAUUAUACAGUCAGGUGGUAAUUACAGUUUAAAAUUUAGCGUCGUAAGUGAUAAAAACACUUUACAUUUUGGAGCCAUCAUUUGUUCAUUGGGCGCCCGUUACAAAUGUUAUUGUUCUAAUAUUGUUCGAACUCUCUUGGUAAACCCCACAGAAGCAGUACAAAAUAAUUAUAAUUUUCUUCUGAAUCUUGAAGAUGAAGUCAUCAAAAAAUUACAAGCAGGCGUUAAACUCUCAGAGGUGUAUGAAACUGGUUACAAUUACGUUAAGAAAGAAAAACCUGAUUUAACAGAAAAUUUGACCAAAAAUUUUGGUUUUGCGAUGGGGAUCGAAUUCAAGGAAAGUUCUUUAAUUAUUGGACCAAAAACAAACUCUGUGGCCAAAAAGGGAAUGGUUUUUAAUAUUAACAUGGGCUUUAGUAACUUACAAAACAAAGAUGCCUCAGACAAAGAAGGCAAAACUUACGCGUUAUUCAUUGGAGACACUGUUAUGGUGAAUGAAGGUCAACCAUGUACACUUUUAACAAAUUCAAAGAAAAAAAUUAAAAAUAUCGGCAUUUUCCUGAAAGAUGAGUCAGACGAUGAAGAUAAUGAGGACGAAAAGGCAUCUCCUCCAAAGCCAGAAAUUCUUGGGAGAGGUAAACGGACGGCGGUCCUAGAGUCUAAACUACGCACGGAACAUACAUCAGAGGAAAAGAGAAAGGAACAUCAAAAAGAAUUGGGCGCACAGUUGAACGAGAAGGCAAAGGAACGUCUAGCCAAGCAGUCAGGAUCAAAAGAUGUUGAAAAAGUUAGAAAAAAUACAGUUUCAUAUAAGAAUGUGAACCAAAUGCCACGUGUACCCGAAGUGAAAGAAUUAAAAUUAUAUGUUGACCAAAAGUAUGAAACAGUAAUAUUGCCAAUUUAUGGUGUUGCUGUACCAUUCCAUAUUUCUACUAUUAAAAACAUUUCUCAGUCAGUUGAAGGCGAUUAUACUUACUUGCGAAUCAAUUUCUUUCAUCCUGGAUCUACAAUGGGAAGAAAUGAUGGUGGCAACUACCAGCAACCUGAGGCUACUUUCGUUAAAGAAGUUACUUACCGUAGUAUAAACACCAAAGAGCCAGGAGAAAUAUCUCCACCUUCUUCCAAUCUGAAUACAGCUUUUCGGCUCAUCAAAGAAGUGCAAAGAAAAUUCAAAACUCGAGAAGCUGAAGAACGCGAAAAAGAGGAUUUGGUAAAACAAGAUACCUUGGUUUUGUCUCAGAACAAGGGUAAUCCAAAAUUGAAAGAUCUUUAUAUUCGACCCAAUAUCGUAACUAAACGCAUGACUGGAGCUCUAGAAGCUCACAACAAUGGUUUUCGGUACACGUCAGUCAGGGGAGAUAAAGUGGAUAUUUUGUACAAUAACAUAAAGAACGCAUUCUUUCAACCCUGUGAUGGUGAAAUGAUUAUCCUGUUACAUUUUCAUCUAAAACAUGCCAUUAUGUUUGGAAAGAAAAAACACGUUGAUGUUCAGUUCUACACAGAAGUCGGUGAAAUCACGACAGAUUUAGGAAAACAUCAACAUAUGCACGACCGCGACGAUUUGGCUGCUGAGCAAUCUGAAAGAGAAUUGAGACACAAACUAAAAACGGCUUUUAAGAGCUUUUGUGAAAAGGUGGACGCCAUGACAAAGCAAGAAAUUGAGUUUGACACCCCGUUCCGAGAUCUUGGAUUUCCGGGUGCCCCCUUCCGUUCAACAGUAUUACUUCAACCAACAUCUGGCUGUCUUGUAAACUUGACAGAAUGGCCUCCAUUUGUUAUCACUCUUGAAGAUGUUGAACUGGUUCACUUCGAGAGAGUACAAUUCCACUUGAAAAAUUUCGAUAUGGUAUUCGUUUUCAAAGAUUAUCACAGAAAAACGGCGAUGGUAAAUGCCAUCCCAAUGAAUAUGCUUGAUCACGUAAAAGAGUGGCUUAACUCUUGUGAUAUCAGAUAUUCAGAGGGUGUGCAGUCUUUGAACUGGGUCAAAAUUAUGAAAACUAUAACAGACGAUCCGGAUGGAUUCUUCGAAAACGGCGGAUGGACAUUCCUUGAUCCAGAAUCAGAUGAAGAAGAGCAGGCGCAUGACGAAGAAACGGAAGAUGAAGACGAAGCUUAUGAACCGUCAGCCAACGACAGCUGGUCUGAAGAGAGCGAGGAAGAUUCUGAAUACUCAGAAGGUGAUACAGACGAAACUGAUGAUAGCGUCUCUGGAGAGGAUGAUUUGGGAUCUGAUGAAGAAUCUGGUAAAGAUUGGUCAGAUCUAGAACGAGAAGCGGCAGAAGAAGAUCGAGAGCGCACCUUUGAUGAAACUUUUGACAGGAAAAAGGCGCAUCAUAAAUCCAGUAAACAUUCGUCCACUAAGAAUAAUCAUAAGAGCUCUCCCAGCAAACAUUCUAAUAAUCACCAUUCCUCAAAUAGCAAACACUCUUCAAGUUCCAAACAUAAUAGCAGUCGAUCUAGUGACAAAGAUAGACACAAAUCAUCGAGCCAUUCUAAAUCGUCGAGCAGUUCAAAGUCGCCGUCGAAAGAUAAACAUAAACAGAGAAGCUCACACAGUUCUGAUUCUAGGAAGCGUGGCCGUGGUGACAGUCCAGACAGGCAUAAGUCGAAGAAAUCAAGGAAGUAAACGUGUUUCAUGUAUAAGUUAUUUUAUUUAGUUUAUGUUAUAACUAUUUUGUGUUUAAAUUUCUGUGUUAAGUUCACAAGGUUAAAUCCUUUACACUGAAUGUACAGAUUAAACAUUUUGAUAUAAAAA